CCCUGGCAUGUGCACAGGCUCCUCCCCCGUCCCCUUCCUCUGGGCGGGUGGGCAGCGGAGCUGCAGCAUCCACGGGCCACGGCGGGGACCCGAGUUCCAGCCGGGCAGCGGGCGCGCGCGGGCCUCGGGCUCCGGUCCACGCCGGCGUUAGGCAGCCUGAGGGCCCGAGGCUGAAGGGGAACCGCAGUAGUCCCCGUGCCCCGGCGGCCGGGCCCAGCGCCCUGGGGCUCGGGCGGGCGCCGCGCUACUUUCGGGAUGCUCUCGCGGCUCAUCCGUUGCAGCGCGAGCACACAAUGGCACCGCGGUGCACCGCGCGGUCCUGCUACCCUGCGGGCUCUGCCUCCGCUCCCGCACGAAGACCCCCUGCAGGGCCCGAGUUCGAAGCUCGGCCUCCCCGGGCCGCGGUUGCCACAGCCCUGCAGAGGCGGAAGUUUAUUGAGUACGGGAGAAGGGAGGGAGAGGCUUUUCCCUAGGAUGCCUCCUACCGGCUCGCACUCUGGGAUCCUGGCGCCCGCGAUGCUGAGCCGUGGGCCGAAGGACUACCUCAAACCGGCCCAGAGGGCGAGUGGAGCGGGAGGACCCAGCCGCGCCGCCCCGGCACAAAGUAGUCGCGGGCCGAAGGGGGUGCCGCCGUGGCCAAUCAGAGCCGGGAGCCCAAUGCUCACUUGUGACUCCACUCCCCGGUUCCUGAUUUGCAUUAGCCACCUCAUCCUCCCCUGCUCCCUCACCAAAUGCAGUGAUGGGCCUGUCUUUGCUUACCCUCAAAAUCACAGACGGGUUCUACCCAAGAAAAGCGUUGUCCGAACUUUCUCCCUAACCCUGCCAGCUCUCCGUUGUCCUGUGGUUCAGCCUGGAUCAGUGCUUAGUCAUCAGCUAGAACUGUGGAGACUUGAAUGUGAGGCAAUCAUACAAAGGACGAUUCUGUUGCUACUGUAGACAAGAAGAUGGGACCUGGAAUAAUGAAAGCCACUUUUGAGCAAAGUCCUCAUUCAAAAGCUAGAGCUAAUCCUUCCCACCAGGAGAGUAAAGGAAGUGACUGGUUUAAAGGCUGAUGAAGCGAAGCCGACUUUCCCACUGACUUGCCUCCCAGUUGAAAUCCCUGUCUCCACUAAGUCUUUUUUAGGCAACCACUAAAGAAGGAACUCAACCUGGGUCUGCUGUUCCCAGAAUGGUAGAGAACUUCAGAAUUUACCCUUCCCUUGCAGACAUCAGAAAGGUUCCACCUGCCCUCAGCAUUGGGUUUGCAGUCAGGCCAAGCCAUGAGACAAGUGGUAGCCUCUCUAUGAUUGCUUGUCAACAGGAGUGAUAUCAAUUCCAGGUGCUUCCCACAAACCUUACUUCGAAACAAGGUUUUGGGAAGUUUCCCAUGUCAGCUUUGUCCAGCAGUCGGGAGGCAUACACCACCACAUGCAGUGAGACUACUGUUGUUAAAGAUGGUAACGCCUUUGAGUCCAGGCUCCCAAACAAGGACCCCAUGAGGCAACCCAUCCGCCGCCUCCUUCGCAUAGUUUGAGCAAGUGCUCUAAAAGCCACUGAGAUUUGGCUGUAUUUUUUUUUACUGCAGUGUGACCUAGAAUCUAAGUUAUAUUAGGUUGAUUUGUGCUAGAAUCAGAUUCUAAUUAAUCCCCUUACGAUUAUUAUACUCCUGGAAUAAACCAGCCCCCCCCCCCCCCCCCCCCCCCCCCCGGUCAGGCCAAAAGGAAGACUUUGAAUCCAUGCUUGGGAGAGAGGAUUCUGUUCUCUCCCCUAGGCAUGAAUACAUCAGCCUGAAAACCAGAGUGCAGCAGACAGCAGUGGUACCAAGACAAGCUGCUCUUAAAAAGGCCACACUAAAGACAACAGUGAGACAGGAACACCCAAAGAUGUGAUUGAGCUGAUGAUCUUACCGCUUGGGAAGGCUCCUCCUUCUGAACUUUUAAUUCUGCAAAAUAUGGGCCCCCCUAUAAUGCUGUAGGUAGAAACUUCCUUUUGUAUAUGUUUAAUUCCAUCACGGUUUUCAACAAAGGACUGCUAGUUCAAGAAGGACUCAAAAAUAUAGGAUGCAUUAAAAAUAUUUUAAAACAUUAA